CAUUCAGUGGACACUUUAAUAUCCCAUGAGACCACUGGAGAGGAUUUGUAAAUACAAGUGAAGCAACUAAUGCUGGUAGGUCACAUGACAAUGACAACAUGACAAAUUUAGUGGAUUACAUUCAUAAUGUACUAUGGAGGAACAUAUUCAAGAAGUAGCCUGUAGUAGCCUUUUUAAAACAAACAAACAAGCAAAACAAAUGUAGAAUUUUUUUCCAAAUCGUGGUUUUUUGAGUUGAUUACAAAAGGUAAAAAUUAGAUAAUAAAAGAGUAAAAUUAUGAUUCCUCAUUUCUGGAUCAUUAAAAAUGUUAAUUAUUUUACCAAAAUAAGAGGGAUCAUUUUGUCUUCUGGGAAACAUGUAAGUGUCUUCUGUGGCCACUGAAGGCCGGUUAAAAAUAUGAUAUUUAGGCAAAAUAAGAAAAAUGUACACAUCUCCAUUCUGUUCAAAAGUUUUCACCCCCCACCCCCGGCUUCUCAAUAAAUGUAUCUUCCUUCAUAAGCAUCAGUGAGCGUUUGAACCUUCUGUAAUAGUUGCAUGAGUCCCUCAGUUGUCCUAAGCGUCAACAGAUGGAUCUCAAAAUCAUAUAGUCAUUGUUGGAAAAGGAUGUAAAUACACAAAAAUGCUUGAAAACCAAAAAGUUUGUGGGACCUGAAGGAUUUUUGUGAAGAACAUUGGGCAGUAUAACUCUUCAGGACAAACAAGGGACUCAUGAACAACUAUUACUAACUAUAUAUAUAUAUAUAUAUAUAUAUAUAUAUAUAUAUAUAUAUAUCUUAAGAGGCUAUUUCAAGUAAAUAUUUUAGGUCAAAGGGGUUCUGUCACAAAACAUUUGAGAAUUCCUAUUUAAUGAUAUUUAUAAGUGUUUUUAAUUACUUUAUUUUUCACAAAAUUUUAAUUUGCAAAAAUAAAUAAUUAAGUGCUUUAAGUAGGCUAUUGAUAAGCUAUUCUGAUAAUAGACUAUUCAUAACAUAACAUGUUUAAUGUAGACUACUUCACAUGUAAUUUUCUUAAGUCAUCAUCGUGACAUUAUCAUGUCAAUGAAAUCAGGUCAAUAACUGAUUUGGCAUUUGGCUGACAGAUAUUAUCUUGGGUAUUUUCUAUAUUCAUGAACGCAGGUCAUUGAAAAGUGUCAUUAGAGGUUUUUACCGCACAGAUUACGUCUUUCACUCUGUGUGCGAGAGAGAGAGAGAGAGAGAGAGAGAAAGCGAGCAAACGAGUGAGUGUGUGUGAGAGAGAGGUGUGUAUUUCCUUCUGCCCCUCCGUACUCAGUCUCACUCUACACGUCGUCUCCGUGAUCUUCGCCAGCAGUGCACGCGUGCUCCGUUACCAAGACAAUCACGGAUCACGAAGCUCGUCGUUCCAUCCCCGCGUCUCCCGUUACCGGAGUCUCGGGAAUGUCGAAUCCCAGGAAAGACUUUGACGUGAAACAGAUCUUGCGCAUCCGCUGGCGAUGGUUCGGCCACCCCACAUCUCCUCCUUCUCCCGGUAACCAGCCUUCGGGAGAUCUCUUCAGCAGCAGCGGUGGAAGCAGCCGGGGGACCGGAGGCUCCUCAUCCGGCGGUGACCAGCCCUCCCUCGGCGGCUGCAAUAACUCCAACGCCGCCGCCGGUGCCAGUUCGAGUAACGGCAACUCUUCCUCCAACAUAAACAACAAUCGAAAGUUUGGAGAUUCGGGUCCAAACACCGGGCACUCCGCAGCAGCAGCAGCGGUGGUAGUUGCCUCCGCGUGUCCUCGGUCCAUGAGCCAGCAGGAGUGCCGGAGCUCCCCGCCGGCGCCUUGGGUCUUCCCAGCUCAUUCGCGCUCCAGCGAGAGCCUGGAGCCGCUCCUUCAGCAGCAGCAGCAGCAGCAGCAACAGCAGAAGCAGCAGCAGUCCACGCGUAUAAAAGACGCCCCUGCCCCUGGAGACGAGGAGAACAAUAAUAACGUGGAGUCUGACUCCAGCUCUUGCAGGACGUCUAACAGCAGUGCAACUUUGUCCUCAUGUGCGUCGAUGGAGCCGUGUGUGUCAGAUGAGCAUUUCCAGGCACACAGUCAUGCUGAACACACCUUCAGACGGAUGGAGGCCUACCUGAGGACCAGGAAACUCUGUGAUGUUGUCCUCCUCGCUGGAGACCGCAGAAUACCAGCACACAGACUGGUUCUCUCAUCAGUGUCUGAUUACUUUGCGGCAAUGUUCACCAGUGAUGUCCGAGAGGCAAAACAAGAGGAGAUCAAAAUGGAGGGUGUGGAUCCAGAUGCAUUAUGGGUCUUGGUACAGUAUGCUUACACAGGACGUUUGGAGUUGAGAGAGGACACUAUCGAGAGUUUGUUGUCGGCUGCUUGUCUUCUGCAGCUGUCUGCGGUGGUUCAGGCCUGCUGCAGUUAUCUAAUGAAACAACUCCAUCCAUCCAAUUGUCUGGGCAUUCGAUCUUUUGCCGACGCUCAGGGCUGCCUGGACCUCCAUAAAGUGGCACACAACUACACCAUGGAGAACUUCAUGGAGGUCAUGAGGCAUCAGGAGUUUCUGCUCCUGCCUGCAUGUGAGGUAGAGAAGCUUUUAGCUUCUGACGACAUGAACGUACCAGAAGAGGAAACUGUGGUAACAGCCCUGCUUAGCUGGGUCCGUCAUGAUGCUUCUUCGCGUCAAUCACAGCUUCCUGCGCUUCUCGCUCACAUCCGCCUACCCCUGCUUAAACCACAGUUUUUAGCCGAUAUGGAGGCAAAUCCAUUGCUAAGAGACAGUGUGGAGUGUCAGCGACUGGUGAUGGAGGCCAUGAAGUAUCAUUUGCUGCCAGAGAGACGGCCGCUUCUCCAGAGCCCGAGAACACGUCCACGCAAGGCCACUGUGGGGGCACUUUUUGCUGUGGGUGGCAUGGAUGCCACAAAAGGGGCCACUAGUAUUGAGCAGUACUGUUUACGGAGGGACACAUGGCGGCAGGUGGCUGUCAUGAGUGGAAGAAGGCUGCAGUUCGGUGUAGCAGUUCUUGAUGAGCGCCUUUAUGUAGUUGGGGGACGAGAUGGACUCAAGACUCUCAACACAGUGGAGUGUUACAACCCUCGCAGCAAGAGCUGGAGUGUCAUGCCCCCCAUGUCCACACACAGACACGGCCUAGGCGUUGCAGUGUUAGAAGGCCCCAUGUAUGCAGUGGGAGGUCAUGAUGGUUGGAGUUAUCUCAGCACGGUGGAGCGCUGGGACCCUCAAGCUCGCCAGUGGAGCUUUGUUGCAUCCAUGGCAACACCUCGAAGCACUGUGGGAGUUGCAGUGUUAAACAGCAAGCUAUAUGCUGUGGGUGGUCGAGAUGGAAGUUCAUGUCUGAAAUCAGUGGAGGCUUUUGAUCCUCACACCAACAAAUGGAGCAGCUGCGCUCCCAUGUCGAAACGCAGGGGCGGUGUUGGCGUAGCGACGUGGAAUGGUUUUCUGUAUGCUAUCGGUGGCCAUGAUGCCCCAGCUUCAAGCUUAGCAUCUCGACUGUCAGACUGUGUCGAAAGGUACGACCCAAAGACAGACAUGUGGACAGCAGUAGCUCCCAUGAGCCUUAGCAGAGACGCUGUGGGGGUGUGUCUCCUGGGAGACCGUCUUUAUGCUGUUGGCGGUUAUGAUGGUCAGGUUUAUCUGAACACCGUGGAAGCCUACGACCCCCAAACCAAUGAGUGGACGCAGGUGGCACCAUUGUGUUUAGGUCGAGCCGGAGCUUGUGUGGUUGCAGUGAAGCUUUGAAAUGCCUCCUGCUGUCAAUCAUCUCCAUGGUGACCGUCAUACAGUACAAGCCUCCAGUGCUCCUGUUGUAGUGUUUCCAGACAGAUCUGAGCAUCUGCUGACCAGAGCAGAGAAAAUCACAUUAUUGACAUGCAGCUGAAUACUCAACUGUGGUCUUCCUUUAUGCCUUCUAGUACGUAUUUUUCUAUUAAGAGCAGUUUAUUUUAUGGCUGGUCACAUCAAAAGUGAGACAUCCUCUUGUCUGUCUCUAAUGAACAGGGUUUAUUUGAUUUAUUGUCCAUGUCCAUCCAUUCAUCUAUCUAUAUACCCCUCCAUGUUUCUGCUCCCUCAGAAUGCAGGGCCCAACAAUAUACAUUUUGAAUGAGUUAUAAAGUCAGAUUUGUAAGAUAUAAACUUGCAAUUCAGAGAACAUAUCAGUCUUUUUUUAUCCCAAACUCAAGUUUAUAUCUUUCAAUUUUGAUUUGUGUGAAAAAAAGCGAAUAGCGAGGAAAAAAGUCAGAAUUGCACAUUUUUUUUUUAUUUUAUAAUUAUAUAAUUACAAUUAUAAGAUUAUAUCAUGCAAUUAUGACUUUAUGAGGAAAAAAAGUUAGAAUUGCGAAAUACAAACUUGCUUUUGUGAGAAAAAAGUCAGAAUUCCGAAUUUUUAUCUCGCAAUUCCAACUUUAUUUCUCGCAAUUGUGAGUUUAUAUCACACAAUUCUGAGGCAAAAAAGUCAGAAUUGUUCGUUUACAUCUUGCAAUUCUGACUUCAUAACUCGCAAUUGCCAGUUUAUAUCUUACAAUUCUGAGAAAAAAGUCAUUAUUACAUGAGAAAAGUCCAAAUUGCUAGUUCUUAUCUCAUAAUUAAUACUUUCUAAUUUGCAAUUGUGAGUUUAGAUCACAAUUCUAAGAAAAAGAAUUGCAUGAAAAUAUCAGAAUAGUGAGAUAUAAACUUGCAUUUGCAAGAAAAAUGUCAGUAUUGUGAGAUACAGACUUGCUUUUCUGAGAGAAAAAAAAUGUCAGAAUUAUGAGUUUUUAGUUCUCGCAAUUGCGAGUUUAUAUGACAAUUCUGAGAAAGUCAGAAUUGCAUGAACAAAAUCAGAAUAGUGAGAUAUAAACUCACAAUUUCUAGAAAAAUGUCAGAAUUGCGAAAUUUUAUGAGGAAAAAAAAUCUGAAUUCCAGAAUUUCAGAAUUGUAUUUAUCUUGCAGUUCCAACUUUAUUUCUCACAAUUGUGAGUUUAUCUCACAAUUCAAAGUCAUAAUUGCAUAAAAAAAAGUCAGAAUAAUGAGAUAUAAACACACAGUUGCAGGAAAAAGGUUUUAUCUCACAAUUCUGACUUUAUAACUCUAUCACAGUUCUAAAAAAGAAAGAACUGCUUAAAUUCAGAAUAGCAAGAUGUAAACUCGCAAUUGCAAUUGCGAAUUGUUUUUAUUUUGCAAUUCUGAUUUUAUUUCUCACAGUUGUAAGUUUAUAUCAAGCAAUUAUGAAUUUAUAACUCACAAUUGUGAGUUUAUAUCACAGUUGUGAGAAAAAAGUCAGAAUUGCGAGAUACAAACUCGCUUUUGUGAAAAAAAACAAAAAGUAUUUAUUUCGCAAUUCCGACUUAUUUCUCGUAAUUGCGAGUUUGUAUCAUGCAAUCCUGAGAAAAAGUCAGAUAAAAUAUUGUGAGAUAAAAAGUCACAAUAACCUUUCUAAAAACAUUUCAAAAAUCUUGCUGAACCCAAAAUUUUGAACGGUACUGUGUACUGUAUCCAUGUAUGUAUAUACAUGCAUUUAUUUGUUUACAACUAAUUAUUACACCUAGAUAGUAUUACUUUGGUAGCUUGUUUGCAUCACCCAAAUUUACAACUAUAAUAAUUAAGACAUCACAGUGAAGAAACAGAGUGGAAAUUAUUUAAAAUAAAUACUCAGAGUCAAUUAAAACUAACUAUAAUGUGCACAGCCUAAUUUUCUCUGUAGAAAUGGCCUGUCGUCUAAGAAUAGCUGGAGUGCAGUAAAGUAUCUCUAGGGAAAAAGAUUGCUAGAAAAGUGUGUAUGUGUGUGUAUUUCCUUCCGUCUAUUUUAAAAUCAACCAUUAGUAUCAGUUUUAAAGAACAGCAAGAUCAGAACAAAAGGCCUGUAGUAGAAAAGAGAGAUUUUAAGAUUUGAUCAAACAGUACUGAUCAAUGAGCAGCUUCUGCUACAGUCGAGCAAAUUUGUCUAUAUUAGACAGGCAAAUAUAAUAGAGAGUAUGAGGAGAAAACAUAAGAGAGGAACGUGGGUAGAAGCUAUGGAUGGAAGAACCAGAACUGGGUAGGAAGACAAGAUACUCAGAGUGGAAUUCACUUCGACAUUAUGCCUGUCGUAUUUGCGCACGUCUUCGGUUUAUAUUUAAUUUACCUGCCCAAACACAGUCAGAGCAAAUCAGCAAUAUUGCAUGUGAAUAUUGUAAUUAUACCUACAAGGGAGUAACACAAUCCUUCAUUAUACCGUGCCCUUAUUCCCCAGCUCGCUUCAAGCUCAGAGAAAGAACAUCAUAACAAGGUCUAAUGCAUAUUCAGAACUCUGAAUCAUUCUGUCUAUUUUUUGAAUUUAGAAACAUCUCAGUACUCAGUGGAGGAAGUUAACCACACGAACUGAGAUCCUCUUCCCCUGCUGAGCAAAGGAAAGCUUUAGUGAAAGAUUAAAGAAGAUCAUUGUAAAUAAUGGUUAUUGUGGGGUUUUUCCUCAUGGCUUACACAAUGUUUUAUUUAUAGGAUUUCUAUUUUUGCACAGUGAUUCAUCUCCACAAUAACAGCUGGAUUCUGGGUCACUGUCCAUUUAAUGGAAAUAAAUUCUGCUGGGGAGCAGAACAAAGGCAAAAGACCAGAUUAACCAAGAUUUAGAUUUACAUCCCAAAUUCAAUCUCUUUUUCAAUGAACCGCAGAUAUGUGGAAAAUUAUAUAAUACACAAAUAUCAAGUUCAUCAGGAUGAGACAUUAACAUUCAAAUUGGAGAAACUUUUUAAUGUGCAGGUUUGGGAUAUUAUUUCAGAAAAUUAAUGAUUUUUAGAAUCUUCCUAUCCUUCAUGUGCACUGCCAAAUCAUUCUUUUAAGCCCUAUUCGGACAGGACUAGUUUUCUAAACUACGUUUAAGUUGCGAUUCUUAUCACCCGAUGUGUACAAUUUUCAUGCACUAAUUUGGACAGGACUAACAUCUCCGUGUUUAUCACAGAGGUGGGAGGGUCUAUUUUGUACAAUGUAAAAAGUUUUCACCAGUUUCAACUUAAAAAACUUAAGUUCAGCAGCUGCCUUAAAAUUUUAAGUUAAAUCAACUUAAAACUACAAGUCAAUUUAACUCAUUACAAAAACUUGUGAGUUGAAAUGACUUGUGCUUUUAAGUUCAUUUAACUUAAAAUUUUAAGGCAGCUGCUAAACGUAAGUUUUUAAGUUUAAAACUUUUUACAGUGUACAACUGGGCAUUGCAGAGAUCAUGUGGUCUGUAUGCGCGCAUUGCGUGUCGUCAUUCGGAUUGAUUAUCAUUUGUAUAGUAGCCAGUCAACUGUUUACGUGAUCUGGCUCUUGAUUUUAUUAGUAUUUCUUUGCUAGGAGGCAAACACAUCAAAAAUGUAUGUGGUAAGAGCAUCUGCGGUAGUUUGAGUUGGCCAAAACACACAAGGCAACGCGCUGUGGAAAAAAAAUAUUGCCACCAAACACAGACAGUCAGAGCAUCACUGACAGGGUUGCCAAGUCCACGGUUUUACCUGAAAUCGGGAUACUUUUACACUGUUCCUACAGAUUGUUUUUGAAGUGCGCUACUUCGGAAAGUCAUUUGGACGGACUGGAUGGGGACCACUGACAGGGGAAAACCGCAGAAAAAAUAUGAUUGGGCUAGUUAUGAUUAGCCAUUUGGCUGGUUUUGUGUUGCAGACCUGGCAACCCUGAUCACUGAGUUUGCCGAAAAACAAUAGUUAAUUUGCUCUGGAAUUAUUACAGAGGUUGUGUGAGACAAACACAGAUGUGACAGAUUCGGAUGGGAAUAAAAUUGUAAAGUUUGUCUGUGAAACACAAAUUUCUCUAACACCCCCCUUUAAAACUAGUCCUGUCCGAAUAGGGCUUUAAACAGUUUUUGUCACUGUUUUUCAGUACAAAUAUCUAAACAUUCUUACAAAAUUAACUUAUUUGAGAAGCAAAAUAGUUUAAGAAAUUAAAGAAAUAAAUUUGCUGAAAAUGUACUCCCCAUCAGACCAUCCAAGAUGUAGACGAGUCUCUCUCUUCAUCAGAAAAGAUUUUGUGGAAUUUGUACAUCAAAAAGUCAGAAAAUGUAUCUGAAAUUGUAGUUCUUAAGCCAUUGGCAGUUAACUAUAGCCAAAUUCAGUGAGAUUUCUGCAAUAAACAAUGAAAAACAAUUUGCCAGUGGGUUUAGAAAAUAAACGUAAACAUGUUCUCUAUUUUUCUUCCCAAGUACAUUUAUCUUGUUCAGUGGAUGUUAUAAAACCAGCUGAAAAAAAAAUAUUGAUUGAAGUAAUUUUAUUUUUGCAGUAUACCCAGAGCAUUUUCUUUGAUAGUGAGAUUUUUUUAUUUGAUUUUAUUUAUUUUUAUUUUUUGUGCUGUUAGAUGCAGAAUCAGUAGAGAAUUUAAAAGCAACUCUUUGGAUGCACUUGUUCAUUUUGCACAACUGUCUGUUUUCCACUCAGGGUGUCUUUUUCUGUUUAGGGUUCAGGGUUUCUGUUUACCAGUCUCAUUUUUUCUCUCCUUUUUUCAGUCAGGUGUGUGUGUACAUCUACCUGUGCUUUUCUGUGGUUGUCUUGGUAAAAAGUGUCAUGUUUUUGUAUUUAUAUUUGUGUGUGUGUGUGCCUGUGUGUUUUUGUGGCACGCUCUUAAACCCCAUACUGAGUACAAAGUGUAGCUUGAGAAGUCAGAGAAAACAUUUUUGGUAUUUUGAUCUAGUUUUCUAAAUCCCAAGAUCCAUUUCACUGUUUUAAAUGAAGAAAGAGAAGUAUACAGAGUAGCAUAUGAAAAGAAACAAAGAAAUGAUGGAACAAUUUAGAUCAGAGCUAUUAAAAGUAGAAAAUAUAUAUAUGAGAGAGUACGACAUACCGUUUACAAUAGAAUAUUCACACUAGAUUCUCUUCGGUCAGUCGAUAUCAGAAACUGUAAAACCGUUAUUGCUGUAGAGUCUUGUUUUGUUAUACUGUUAUUAAUUUUAUAUGUUACCAUUGUAGUGUCUGUACAUCAUUUUGUCAUACUUGUGCAGCUAUGAGAUUUAUGCGACAUAAGAUUUUUAAAUUAUAUUGGUUUGGUUUGUGAGGGACCAUCAAAAUUACACAGUCAUAUGCUAUAUCUUUAAACAUCAUGUUGGUCAGUGUUAUUUAUAUAUUAUUGCACAUUUAACAUGCCUAGUGUCUGAGGUUUAGUUUUUUUUUUUUUUUAAAUGUUGAAUACAUUUCAAAAUAAUCCAGUCACCAGAGCAGAUAUUACAUUGGCUAAUCAUAUAUUUGCUUCAUUUGUUUUGGAUACCUUAUACACUACCAGUCAAAAGUUUUUGAACAGUACAAUUUUUCAUGUUUUUUAAAGAAGCCUCUUCUGCUCACCAAGCCUGCAUUUAUUUGAUCCAAAGUACAGCAAAAAGAGUAAAAUUUUAAAACACUUUUACUAUUUAAAAUAACUGUUUUCUAUUUGAAUAUAUUUUAAAAUGUAAUUUAUUCCUGUGAUCAAAGCUACAUUUUACUCCAGUCUCUAGUGUCAAAUAUAUAUAUAUAUAUAUUUGACACUAAAGACUGGAGUCUUUAUAUAUAAAGACUCCAGUCUUUAUAUGGAGUCAUAUAUAUAUAUAUAUAUAUAUAUAUGGAAAUAAAUUAUAGGUAAUAAUACUUUUAUUUAGAAAGGAUGCUUUAAAGUGAUCAAAAGUGACGAGAAAGACAUUUAUAAUGUUACAAAAAAUUCUAUUUCAGAUAAAUUCUACUCUUUUCAACAUAAUAGUAAAUGUUUUGGAAUGGCAAAUCAGAAUAUUAGAAUGAUUUCUGAAAGAAUCAUGUAACUGGAGUAAUGGUGCUAAAAAUUCAGCUUUGAAAUCACAGGAAUAAAUUACAUUUUAAAAUAUAUUCAUUUUAAAUAGUAAAAAUAUUUCAAAAUACUGUUUACUAUUUUGUACUUUGGAUUAAAUAACUGCAGGCUUGGUGAGCAGAAGAGACUUCUUUAAAAAAACAUUCUGACUGGUAGUGUACUGUAUAUUGGGAAUGUAUAUCAUAAGAUACUACAGUAAGAAAAAAUUAUCACAUGUGGAAAAUGUACAGUGUACAGUACAGCACAUAUUUACUCUAUACAGUAUUAAAUUGAACCUUAUGAAAAAAAUGUAAACAGUUUGUAAAAAUGAUCCCAUUUAAUUCCAUUGUAAACAAAUUCCUUUGAUUUAAUUGUAAUUACAUCUGGCAACACACACAAUGUCAUACAGUAUAUAUGCUCAGACUAUUUAUACAUUGAUGAGGCUGCAUUACAUCUAAUUGUGCAACAUUAUCACUGAAUACACUACUGUUCUGUGUUUAUUUUUUCAUCUUUUUUAUAAAUGCUGGAAGCUGUGUCAGUGAAAAGAGUGAUCCUCAGGAGGAAUCUCUCUUAAAUGUUAUGCAUAUUGUUGCAUAUUGUUAUGUAUAUGUUGUAGUUUGAUUAUGGAUGCAUCUCUCACUCCUGCAGAGCUUGCUACCUGUAUGAUGAUGGGAGGCAUGCAAUUUUUUAUUGUAAUAUGAAUUGCUGUCCAUGCAAUUGUUUUUCUUAUGCAGUACAUUUCACAGUGUAUUGUUUUAUUUAUGAAUAUUUUUGGUUAUUAAACUGUAAAAGAAUGUC